AUGUCCUUGACCGACGCGAUCGAUCGCACCCUCUCAAUCAUCUCGUACCUCUACAGCAGCACCAUCGCCCCCCUCCUUCCCGCCCCGAUCGCCGCCACGAUCGAGGGCGCCGCCGCCUUCGUCUCCAGUCUCAUCUUCCCGAUCUUCCGCUCCGGCGAUCUGCCCUCCAUCGCCGCGUUGCUCGUCAUUCUCUGGCUCUCCCUCCGUACCCUGGACUAUAUCCGCCGCAGCGUCAUCGGAUGGAUAUUUCUAUUCGUGAAGCUCGCACUAUUGGCUCUGCUGCUACAGGGCGUGUGGUAUGUCAAUGCGUAUGGGUUUGAAAAAGCGCUGCAUGAUGCCGGCUGGGUGGGGGGCAUCUUAUGGGGGUGGGCUGAAGGGGCCUGGGAGGGCGUGGAUGUGGGAGGCAAUAACGGAGUGUAUGGAGGAUAUGGCGCUGCGGGGGCUGGCAGGAGGGGCAAAGGCGAUGGUUGGAAUGCUAGUCGAGGGAGGCAGCAAGCCGGCGGCGGAAGAACUGGAAACCGGUGGACCUGA